UCUCCACCAUUCACAACAUCCACAUCACCUUAUGUAUUCAAUCUUCCAUCAUAUAAUGAUUGGAAUUAUAAUACAUGGUAUGGUGGAUUGCUUGGUUACACUCAGUUGCCAACUGGAGCAUUGUACUCUGGUAUCGAUAUCGGUGGUUCACUCAACGUCACUCAUAGCAAAUGGAAUGGACAGAACUUUGUGAUGGCAUCACUUGCCCGAGACUUUUAUCUUCGCAAGGAUCACACCUAUACCAUGUCCUUGGACCUGCUCACGGGCACUGCCAACCUGGCUGUCAACCUCUCAUUGUGCGCCUAUCCCUCGUACAAUGUCACAAGGGGCAAGUUCAGGUUCGAGAGUGGUGUGCUUGAGACUUCAACAUGCUUCCCAUUCACUCAGACAGGUGUUAACCUCGCCAAGAAUACUGCAUGGACGUCGGUAUCAUUGACAUUCACCCCAUUGGCGGACAUACCAAUUACUCCUCUUGGUUUGAGUAUGUUCACCAAGCCCAAUGCCAACCCAUCAACUGUGUUCUUGAGGGGAAUGAAGUUCACCGUUCUAGCUGCCCCUCACACCCCUCCAACUUUGCUCACCAAGGACUCUGAGAUCGUAAACCUUCGCAAGCCAACUACUGGUCUGAUCGCACAAAACAGAUCUACUUGCCCACAUCUCCAGAGUGGUCUACUUCAUUGGCAUGAUCCCGCUACAUGGGGUGGAGCCAUCCCAUCGCCAUCAUCCGUGAUCACACUACCAGAGAACUCCAAAGUACUCAUCUCAUCAUGUUCAAUCAUUCCCGGUGCGGUGUUCCUGAAGAUUGUGGUGCCAGCCACAAGCCAGCUUAUCUUCUCGGACGCCUCAUACUCGAUGACAAUCCAGGACAUGGAUGUUCGCGGCCAGCUCCUCAUGGGAACAAGUACAUGCAGGAUGAAUGGCAAUAUUGAGAUUGUGUUCACUGGUCAGUACACGACCGCGGACACCAUUGCACCAAGGAUGGGCAGCAAGGGAAUUGCAGUGGCCAAGGGUGGAUACAUCAGUGUCCAGGGCAAGCAGUACUAUAAGACAUGGUCGAGACUCGCCUCACAUGCCUAUGCAUACGAAUCAAUCAUCUACCUACAGGACACUGUCAACUGGGAGCCUGGCCAAAAGGUGUUCAUCACGACCUCCAAGUACAAGGACGAGUUGUACCCUCAGAAUGAGGUCCGAGUCAUCCGCGCAAUCUCUGGAAACAAGAUUGAGUUCACCGAGCCCUUGCAAUUCUUCCAUUAUGCUGGCCAGGAGUACCAAGCCGAGGUGGGACUAUUGUCACGUCGCAUUGUGUUCCGUGGAGCCAACGACUCGGAUGCCAAUCAGUUUGGUGGACAUGUCCUGACAAUGAGCAAUGGACAAUUUGCUGGAAUUGAAUUGAUCAAGAUGGGCCAAACCAACAUCAAAGGACGUUACCCACUCCACUUCCAUCUGGCAGGCGUGGUGAACAACUCAUACAUCUCAGACUGCUCGACACACGACACAUUCUACCGCUGCUACACGAUCCAUGGCACCAACAACUUGUUGCUCACACAGAAUGUCGCCUUCAAUGCCAUCGGACAUUGUUACUACAUUGAGGAUGGUGUCGAAGAGAACAACACCAUCUCAUUCAAUCUUGCCGCAUCCGUCCACACCAUUGGUCGUCCGGCCGAUGGCUCUGCCCAGAAUGCCCAGUUUGGUGAGACUUUCCAGCAGUCACCCACACUCACCCAGCCCGCAGACUCUGCCGCCGGUUGCUUCUACAUCACCAACGCGUACAACCGUAUCGUUGGCAAUGCUGCCUCUGGUGGAUGGGCAUCAUACGCCUUCCCUAACCUCGUCGCACCAGUCGGAUUCUACAGGAAUCAGACCAACAUCCAGCCCGAGUCAAGGCCCACAUUGGAGUUUGAUGGAAACACAGCACAUUCAUCUGGAUACUACUUUAACAACUUUGGAGCAUGCAUCUAUUGUGGUGGUCGCCUGUACUAUGCCAACAGUACUACUGAUCAGCUCACCUAUAUCUCUGGUCGCCAGGCACGCGAGACCAAGGACGCAGUUGGCAAGACUGCUUGGAUGAGAUGGACCAACACCAAGACAUGGCAGUGUCCCAAUGGAGUGGGUCAUUGGGGCAAUCAGGUAGAGGUCGAGGUCUACGAGUCGCACGACAAUGAGAAGUCUGGUACAGUGUUUGGCGCGGCCUGGAUGAACAACGCCAUCAUCAAUGGGUUCUCAAACAAUCCGGUGGACCUCCGCUUCGAGGAGUACUACGAGUCAAUCAAACGUCAAGGCUUCCAGUUCUACGACACUGUCACUCAAACAAUCAUCACCAACAUCAACUUCCGCAACUUCCAGCACGAUCCAACUGCGCCACAUCCCGAAGCCGACAACUCGGUCAUCGUGUCCAUGACCCACAGCGAUCUGAACAAGCCACAGCAGAUCUCGGCUACGCGCAACAUCACCUUCACCAACGUGCAGCACUCACAGAUCAUUGGCCAUUACAUCAGAGAGACUGGUGCCAGCCGUUACUUCAACUACAUCGACUGGGAUGGUUCCAGCGUCGGCGAGACCACACCACAGAUCAUCGGCUCCUCACUCAACUGGUGGUACUUUAGCAACAGCUGCGUGUUCAAACCCGAGUGGCGAGUACAUGUCUGUCCCAAGGGCAGCGCGCAGAUCGGCACCAUCUUGUUUGAGUCGCCCGGUCUCACAGCUCGCCUCGAGGAGCACACCAUACUUGGCAACACUUCGUUGUUCGCACCAAACCUUCCUGCUGGUCCGCACACGGCCUACUUCACCAGCAACCCAGUGAUCACCGGCAUGCUCAACAUGGGCUGGCAUCUGAACUUUGCCAACUUGGUCUCACCACCAACGUUCACUCUUCAAAUAAGGCAGAUACCAUUUGGUAACUACCUAUUGUUGGCUGUGCCCUACCCUGCUGGAACUACAUUCACUGGUGUUGCCGAGCACACAUCGGGUAACCCAAGGACCACUCUGACCAAGGCCACCUCACAAACUGCUGUACUAUCUGGCAAUGGAUCAUUAUAUCACUUUGAUGGUAGUAACCUAUUUAUCAAACUUGUCAAUCCCAAGUUGACUGGUUCAUCAUCUGAGGCAUAUACAAGAGGUGGAGCAUCUGUU